GACGUGAAGGACCCCGAGGGGACAAGAUGGCGGCUGCGGCGGAGCGGAGUCGGUGAAAAAACACUUUUAUCGAAAGAAAUAAACAAACUCCACCGCCGUCCCGUGGCUAAGAGACAUCGGGGAGCGGGAAAGACCGAGCGUGAUCAACGUCCGCACCGGCAUUUUCCACCCGAGUCUCACCCUCUGUCUCAGUCACACUCACCGCCCGGACUAACAAUGGAGGUGAUCGAAGGAUGCCGCCUUCCCGUCCUCCGGAGGAACCAGGAGAAUGAGGACGAGUGGCCACUUGCAGAAAUCCUCAGCGUCAAAGACAUCAGCGGGCGCAAGGUGUUCUAUGUCCAUUACAUAGACUUUAACAAGCGUCUGGACGAGUGGGUGACUCCUGAAAGGUUGGACCUCAAGAAAAUCCAGUUCCCAAAAAAGGAAGCUAAGACUCCAACGAAGAAUGGCCUCCCAGGAUCCAGGCCGAGCUCUCCUGAGAGGGAUCUGAAGAAGACACUCGAUCUUUCACUGCACACACCAGCAGCAGGGAUUGGCAAAACCAUUCCAACACCGGGCUUGCCCUACUUAGCCUCAAGUGCUAGUUUACAAAGGGUCCCUGUCGUGAAGAUACCAGACAGGACCAACAGCAUCGAAAACGUCACAAAAAAUUUGUUAUCCAAGAGGAAGUUGGAGGCUGUUUCCCUCACAACCCAGUGCUCUCCAGCAACUCCUGUGGCACCAACUCCAGAAAUACCCACACCCGUCUUUGCGCAGCAAAAUGGCUCAGUGAGGAGACCGGUGUCGGCUGUUGCCGGGCGGAAGAGGAAAGCCGGCUGCCUGGGGACUGAUGAGGACUCCCAGGACAGCUCGGACGGCAUCCCCUCGGCCCCCCGCAUGACGGGCAGCCUGGUGUCAGACAGAAGCCAUGAUGAUAUAGUCACGCGGAUGAAGAACAUCGAAUGUAUCGAGCUGGGCCGACACCGCCUGAAACCCUGGUACUUCUCACCCUACCCACAGGAGCUGACCUCGCUGCCCGUCCUGUACCUCUGUGAGUUCUGUCUCAAGUACCUGAAGAGCCUGAAAUGCCUGCAGAGGCACCUGACCAAAUGUAACUUGCGACAUCCACCAGGAAAUGAGAUUUAUCGCAAAGGAACCAUCUCCUUCUUUGAAAUUGAUGGCAGGAAAAACAAAAAUUACUCACAGAACUUGUGUCUGCUGGCCAAGUGCUUCCUGGAUCACAAAACACUCUACUACGACACCGAUCCCUUCCUGUUCUACGUCAUGACAGAGUAUGACUGCAAAGGCUUUCACAUAGUCGGGUAUUUCUCCAAGGAAAAAGAGUCAACAGAAGAUUACAAUGUGGCUUGUAUAUUAACACUGCCACCAUAUCAGAGGAGAGGCUAUGGAAAGUUACUUAUCGAGUUCAGUUAUGAGCUCUCAAAGGUUGAAGGGAAAACGGGGACACCGGAGAAACCGUUGUCUGACCUGGGACUGUUGUCCUACCGCAGCUACUGGUCCCAGACCAUCCUGGAGAUUCUCAUGGAGCUGAAAUCGGAGAAUGGAGAGAGGCCACAGAUUACAAUCAAUGAGAUCAGUGAAUUAACCAGCAUCAAGAAAGAAGAUGUGAUCUCAACACUGCAGUACCUGAACCUCAUUAACUACUACAAGGGUCAGUACAUACUCACACUGUCUGAGGACAUUGUUGAGGGUCACGAGAAGGCAAUGAUGAAGAGGCAUCUCCGUAUAGACUCCAAAUGUCUGCACUUUACUCCCAAGGACUGGAGUAAGAGGGGGAAAUGGUAAUGGCAUGCAACUUGGGACCAUGCAGUGGCAAAGAGGGAGAGAAACUGUCAGAGGACCAGGAGUGGAUACACCGCCUCCACCCGCUCUGCCUCUCUCUUUCUCUCUCUCGCACACCGUCCAUCUCAUUGCACAGAAACAGACUCUGCUUGUUGUGAGUGCUGACCCGAGGUUUUCAAUGAAUGAUCAUCGUCUUUGGAACCUCUCGCGCUGGUGCGCUGCCCUCCCACUGAGCAAGUUGGAAUGCCGUCAGAAUGGGCGAUAGCUGGAUAGAGGGGCAGGAUGUGAUACUCGACACACUGCUGAGAGUCGGAUUGGGUCAGGUGUUGAUCUCUGCCGCUUCUCCUGCUUGUCACCAACCGCAACUCCAUGGCGACAAUGUUGAAGUAUGGGUGAAACGGCCACCGGAGUCAGUUUCACCUGAAUGAGCGCUGACCUCUGAAGCCCCUCAGUGUGCUUGUUGGCUGGCGCCGUUAUUGUGGACCAUUUGCAUAGAUGCACACACGCACUCACACACACAGUCUCUCUCUCUCUCUCACACACACACACACUCUCACUCACACACACACACACACUCUCACUCUCACACACACACACACACACACACACUCUCACUCAUUCACACA